AUGACUACACGUGAUUACAAAAGUGACUGCAUAAUUUUUGAUGAUAGUUAUGAAGGAUAUUCAGCGAAGAAUUUCACUUUGCCAGAAAUCUAUGAAAAACAUAUUUCAACCAUUUUGGUUCCAAGUGGAAUGAUUGAGAAUCGUUUGGAAAGAAUGUCUAUUGAUAUACUGAGUGAUUAUGAGAAAUCUGGUGUACAAUCUGUCUACGUGAUUUGUAUAUUGAAAGGAGGUUUCAAAUUUGCUUCCGACUUAUUCAAAGCAUUACAAGAGUAUUCAUUUACACGUCGAAAUUACAUAAAAGUUAGUAUCGACUUCGUCGCUGCAAGUACAUACGUUGAUGAUUCAGUAGGUCAUGAUACCAAAAUCACUCCGUGUACAAAUAUGGAGAAGUUCAGAGAUAAGGACGUACUCAUUGUGGAAGAUAUGGUUGACACGGGCACAAGUUUAAACGAACUGGAGAGAUUUGUGAAGAAAUACGAACCGAAAUCUGUUCGUUCAGCAUGUUUACUGGUCAAAAGAAUAGCCGAGGUUCCUGGGUAUAAACCAACCUAUGUUGGCUUCGAAGUACCGAAUGUAUUCAUAGUUGGUUAUGGUAUCGACUACAACGAUCGCUUCCGUGAAUUGCCACAUGUCUGUGCAGUGAACGAUGAAGGUAAACGUGAAUUCCUUGGCCAAGGUUAACAUCUCUCUCGAGCUUCGUUUAACCGUGUAUUAACCGAGAAAAUAAUCAGAUUUGUGUCGAACGUUCCAUCUUUCAAUGUCAUCACGUAUACAUUAAAGAAAAU